AUGCUGAGGACGUUUACCCACAGACGCGCUGCCUCCUGCCGUGACGCGGACGCAGCUCGGGGUUCUGCAGAGGGUUCUGUUCCGAUGAUUCCGUUCAGUUGUCAAAGGAUGAAUGUGUCCGGUCUCUCCUUCUGUCUCCAGCUCAUCCAGGACAAUCACAUCACACACUUCCGGUGGAUUUUCAGUGCGCAGCGACUCUGCAUCAUCACCGCCGCACCGCCGCGUCUAUCUGCGGCUCUGCGGCUCAAAGACGGACUGGAAACACCAAUAAAUGUGUUUUACUCAGGCUCAGGCUGUCCCUGA